AUGUCCGCUUUCACUGUCGCCCGCAACCCCGUUGCCUUUCGCUCUCUUACGACCAACGUCUCCCGCGGCCGCUCAAGCGUCGCAGCCAAGGCGGGUCCCAAUGAGAUCGUCGGCGAGACCGCCUUCUGGACCUCGAAGUCUGGCCAGGCCAUGAGGGGAACUGCCGCCGAAUACGAAGCCGCUAAGGAAGCUGGCGACACUUACCUCGCGUCCACCGCUACCGGCGUGCUGCCCGAGUGGGCUGCGGCUGCUGGCGCUGAUUCCACCCUCAAGUACUCCCUCGCCGAGGCUUUCGCCUUCAAGACCCCCGAGGGCGCCAACUUUCUCGCUUCCGGGCCUGAGCUCAUGAACGGUCGCGCCGCGAUGAUGGGUUUCGUCGCCGCGGCGGGAGCCGAGAUCGCAACCGGCCAGACCAUCAGCCAGCAGUUUGCCGAGGCCCCGUUCGGCGUUCUCCUCACUUUCUCCAUGAUCAUUGCCGGAUCUCUCUUCUCUUACACCGCCAACAUGGAGGCCCCUGCGGCUGGUCCGUUCACCAAGGAGAAGGAGCUCCUCAAUGGCCGUGCCGCUAUGGUUGGAAUGGGUAUCAUGCUCGCGUACGAGACUGUGAAGGGUUCUGCUCUCCUCUAAGCUCGCAAAUUUUUAGAUGGGUUCUCCCACUCUUUUAGCUUGUAAUCAACUAUCGCACGCUGCUCGCUUAAAG